AUGGAAACAAUUCCUUACUCUUCUAUUGUUGGAAGUUUGAUGUAUGUUCAAACUUGCACAAGACCGGCUAUUAGUUUUGCGGUCGGAAUGCUAAGAAUAUAUCAAAGUAACCCUGGAAUUGUUCACUGGAAAGCUGCAAAGAAAGUCUUAAGGUACCUGAAGGGAACGAAUGAUUACAUGCUCAUGUAUAGGAGAUCCAAUCACUUAGAAGUUAUUGGAUACUCGAAUUCAGAUUUUGUUGGAUGCGUUGAUACUAGAAAGUCCACAUUUGGUUACUUGUUCCUAUUAGCUGAAGGAGCAAUAUUGUGA